CUUUUUGUUGGCGACUUUUGCUGUCAAAAUACUAUUGAUGUGUCAAAAUAAUAAAAAAUUAUUAAAAUACAAUGUAAUUGCUAAUUACUUGGAAAUUACAAUACAAUAGAUUAAGUAACUAUCGAGAUGGAAUCGAAUACGCCAUCCGAAAGUGGCAAGAAAAUCGUUUUGGAGAAUUUAUCGAAAGAGGAAUUGGUUAAACGGUGCGAACGGCUUUUGAUUCUCGCCCAGAAGGCCAAACAGGCGAAGGACGCGCUCCAGGAGGAAAAUAACGAGCUGAAAAAUAGGCUAAAAUCGGAAUCUGGAGAUGCCACAACUGCAAUUAUCGAAAAUUUGACCCAACAGAAGUUGCAGUUUGUUACCACGAUUGAAGACUUGAAGAGCCAAAAUGCCGCUUUGGUGAAUAAAGUGCAAAACUGCACGCAAGACGCACGUCUGUGUGAGGAGAAGGAUAGGCUUGAAAGCGAGAAUAUUUCGUAUAAAAGGCAAAUCAAGCGUUUGACGGAUGAAAAUGAGCAGCUGAUUACGCAUCUGGAGUCUCUGGAAAAGCAACUCGAAGAGUGCAAAAACCUGGGACUUGAACAGCAAAAUCAGCUGCUGAUGUUGGAAGAGGCGAAUCAAAAGUUACGGAGUGAUGACACAAGUGAUAAGUCUGCAGAGUUGCAGAAGAUGCUUAGUAUUAGUUUAGAGGAAGUUAAGAAGUUGCAAGCUGAGAAUAACACAAUGAGGGAGAAAAUUGACGUGCUCAAGACGAAUCUGGGGGAGAAGGAUAAGAACAUUUUAACGAUAGGCCAAGAGUUGCAGGAAAAAUUGAAAUUGGUCGAGGAUUUAGAAAAAAUCAAAAAUGAAACAAGAGAAAAUGUGGAGUUGGUUGAGAAACUUAAAGGGAGACUGAAAUUUUAUCACUCAAAAGUUGUAAAACUGGCCGGUAAUGUGAAGGUUUUGAAGGAAAAUAAAAACGAGGUUUUGCGUUUGCUCAAAACGUACUCACAUCAAGUGGAAGAAUGGAAAGAACAGUUGGGUGUAGCUUCAAAAAAGUUGUGCCAAGAAAUUAGUGAUAUCAAAGUACAGAACUCUGAAUAUCACAAGGAAAUUGAAGGUUUGAAAGAAAGUAAUGCAAAAUAUCUGAAACAACUUGAGGCACAUAAAACCGACGACGAGAAAAGUAAAGAACUUGGCGAGUUUGAGAGAAUUUCCAAAGAACAUAAGAAAUUGAUUGAAGAAAAUCAAAGAUUGUUACAACUUCAACUUGACUACCAGCAAACUGUUGAAACGCUCACUGUUGAAAAGGAGAGUCUGCUUGAGAAUUUGUCUCAAUUGGAGGAAAGACAUCAGGAAGAAAUCAAAGUUUUUGACGACCAAAGCAAGAAAGACACAAUUGAGAUCAAGAACAGAAUCGAAGAAAAUGAAAAAAUUUGCAUUGAAUACCGAAAAGUCAUCUCCAAGCUGGAGGAGGAUCUAGAUUUAAACUUGAGGGAGCUAAAUGAUGCGAAGCAGAAGAAUUACAGUCUUCAAGAAGCACUUGAACAUUCAAAAGAAACGGAGAGGCAAAUUGCUGAUAAAACCAGUGAAGAAAUACUUAAACUAGUUCAAGAAAAUGCCCAGUUGGUGGAAAUGAACCGAAAAUUGCAAACCACCCGUGAUAACUGCAAACAAGUGGAAUGCCAAACUGAGGAUUCAACAAACAGCGAACUGGAAGAAGUCGUGUCAGGUUUGAAGAGAGAAAAUUCCGAACUUUUGGCCGAAAUGAACGAAAUGAAUCAAGCACUGAAAGAAAGAGGAGAGACUAUUUCCAAAUUGCAAUCUCACUGCGAAGAAGUUAUGAAAAAAUUGCAAUUGUAUGAGACACAAGCCAACAAAAACGUUGACAACAUAUCCCAAAAGGAGGAAAUAAUUAAAAAACUUGAAGACGAAAUCGAGCGACUUAAAGCCACGAGUGACUUAAACUCAAACACCUCCGAAAUCAGUGAUUUGAAAAACGAAAUUGAGAAUUUGAAAGAACGGUUAAACUCGAAUCUUGAUUCAAGUUACGCCGAUAGCGAGUGCAUGUCCACGUCGACAAUUUCAAGAACGGAGGAAUCAAACAGAAUGAAAGAUCUGGAAGGGUCUUGGGAGGAAAGAUACGGAAAACUACGAAACUUGGCCGUGAAACUGAAAGGGAAAGUUCGUGACUUGUCCAACGAAUUGGUGAAGGAGCAAAACGAGAAGAACGAUAUUCAGCAAAAAUGUGCCAGUAACGUGAAAACCAUCGCAACUUUGCAAGCCCAGUGCGAUAAAUUACAAGACGAAUUGGACGAAAACAAAAAACAAAUAAAGGAAUAUUCCGCCCGAUUGGAUUCGACCCUUGCUGAAGUUUCCAAAGAUAAGCAAAAACUGAGCGAAAACGAGGAGAUAAUCACCAUACUCAAGAAAGAAUUGGAAGAGUUAAACCAAGAGAAAGUCACGACUGAAGCCUGGAAGAAGCAAAUAAGCGGCAAAGUUUCGACGUUUAGAAAGGAACUCGAAGCGAAUAAGGUUUUGAAGAAGGAAUACGAGGCCAAAAUCGCCAAACUCACCUCGGACUUGGAGGCCAAAGAACAGGCGCUCAAGGCCGAGAGCGAGUACCACCAACAAACGAAAAAUUCCCUUGAACAUUCCAAUAUCGAACGCAAGAAAAACUCCGUCCUUAACCUGGAAAUGCAAGACUACGAGAGGAGUGUCAAGGAGUUGUCCCAGAAAUUGGAAAAGAAGCAAGAAGAAAUCAACAAGUUGAAAAGCCAGCUCGAGUCGCAGAAAAGCACAACAAAUGCGGUCCGCGAACAGAACAAGCUUUUAGAAGAACGAGCGGAAGAGAUGAAGAGCGAAGUCGGAGCAACACAGGCUGAAAUUAUCGCUUGUAAGAAGCAAAUUUCUGACUUGGAAUCGGUCAUGUCGAGUAAGGAGAACAAAAUUCACGAUUUGACCCAAAUUUUGGAAACCGUGCGUUCGGAAAAUGAGGAACUGUCGACUGAGUUAUCCAAAGUCAUUGCCGAGCAUCAGAAAGUUAACACAAGCCUGAAAAGCGAGAAAGAAAAUUUGAAAGGGCAAAUUCUGGGGCUGCAGCAGACUUUGAGAGACGUCCAAGAUGCGCUAAAACUGAAGGAAGACGAACUGAAAAUCGUGCAAAAUGAUUACGAAAAUUACAAGGUUCGGGCGCAGAGUGUCUUGAGACAGAACCAGAGUCGCGAUGUUGGUCUCGAGGAAAAAUUGUCGGAAGAAGUGUCAGCUCUGGGGGUUAAGUGUGAGGCUCUCACUGCGGAGCUAAACAAGUGCAAAACUGUUGUUGACGAUUUGAAGAAGGAAAAUGAAGCAUUGGUUCACGAAAAAUCGGAAGUCUUGACCAAAUAUGAAGAUGUGUUGAGCGAAGUUGAGGACCUUAAAUCGCUCUACGACCAACUAACUAACAAGCAUCAGCAGACCAUGAUAGAACACAGCGAGACUGUCAGGAGUUUAAAGGUCCAUGCCGAGACGUUGGCCCAGUGCUACCGCCAGCAGUUGUCAGAGCAGGAAGUCCGUCACAACCGGGAAAUAAUCGAACUGCAAAGCAAAAUCGAGAAAGCCCCUUCUCCCGAGUUGCAACUGCCGCCUCUGCCGAUGCAUCGCGAGGAAGGAGAAGGGUCCGAAAGUACCGAAAAUACGAGUAAAAAUGCCAUGCAUCCCGUACCUUUAGAAAGAUUGUUAGGUAGCGACAAUGACCAGGAAAUUGUCUUUUUGAAAAAACAGCUAAGUGAGGAGGAAUCUAAAGUGGUCCACUUGACCGCAUUGCUGGCUGAUACGGAGCAGGAUUUGGCGAAGCACGCCCAGAUGAAUAAACUGCUGAAAGAGGAGAUAAGGAGACAACAGAGGAGCGUCGAGAGGGAGAAACAUGCGGAAAAUUUGGAGUAUUUGAAAAAUGUAGUUUUUAAGUUUGUGACUCUGCACAGCGGGGACGAGAGAAGUCGCCUGGUGCCAGUAUUGAACACGAUUUUGAAACUGAGUCCUGAAGAGACCCAGAAACUUAAUCUGGUGGCUCGGGGCGACCCGGGCAUUCGGGGGUGGACCAACUACCUUCCUUUGUGGCCAUCACCGUCGAAACCAUAAUUAUUAAUUGUUAUGUAAAUAUUGCUAAAUAAAUUAUUUCUUAUUCGCGUUUUAA